CGUCUGAUGGGAAUAUACCGACCUUCGACGAAAAUAUUAAGGAAUCUGCUCUAAUACUCGGGUCGAUGAAGAUUCCAUUUAGCGGUGACCCCCCGAUGAGCUCACAAUCGUCAAAUAUUUGGGACUUCGAUGAUGAGCCCUAUGUCGAACUCGACCUCGUCCCAGACUACAUGUCUCCUGUAUCUGCUCCGUCCACUAGAGUUAUCGCUUUUGAUCCCUUUGGUACCAUCUUAGAUCGUGACGGUGCCAUAAAUGAUGCUAUGCGUCUGCUAUCGCCAACGCAUCCCGACAGACACCGACUUGUCUGAAUUGUAUCUCGAAUGCGAACUUAUGAAACACAGACAACUCUGACACACCCUAUACCGCCAUCGUGCGGCAAGCUCUGGAGGAUGUCUG